AUGCCGACCUCGAUGCCCGCUCCCUCGAUUCGAAUACCAAUGGAGCUUCUGACUCCAACUGCCUUCUCGCAAUUCGGUACUGUCAUCGAGAACCCAACAACAUCACCGUCAGCACAGCUGCCCAUCCCCAACCGCAUACCACCACCCGACACGGUCGCGGCCAACCAGGGCUCGGCUACCAAGUACCUCGAUGUCACGCACAUGUCCAACUUGUAUGGCCUUGCGCCGAGCAAGAAACCUGCCAAGGCGGUCAUGAACAUGUUUGUUUGUUCCCCACGGAACCUCCGGCCACACGAGCCGAGCAUGAGCAUGCCCAGCUCCUGGGGUGACUUGGACUUGGAUGAGGACGAGGAAGGAUGCGAAGACUUCCAAAGGCAGCUGUUGGACGUUGCCAUUCUCGAAAGGCAUCCCUUCACCACACAAACAUUUAUACCCAUGGGCCUGUCGCAGCAGGAAAGACACACCCAGUACCUUGUCAUAGUUGCUCCUACUCUACCGGCAAGCGCUUCAAGGCGUCGUACGGGUAGGGCACCGCCGUAUCCUACACCGCACAUUGAACGGAAACGAAGCGUUAUGGACAUCUUUGCGCGAGCGAGACCAAGCCCAUAUUCAAACGAAACCGCGCCUUCCCAGAGCCAGUUCUCGCAACUUCAUCCGUCAGCACGUCCAAAAGGUCCAGGAUUGCCAGACCUUAAGAAUCUCCGUGCCUUCGUGGCGAAUGGAAGUCAAGCAGUGACAUAUGGGGCUGGGACAUGGCAUGCGCCCAUGAUCGUAGUCGGAGACCGACCAAUUGACUUUGUGGUUGUACAAUUUGCGAACGAAGUUGGCAAUGAAGACUGUCAGGAGAUAGCACUGAAGUCGGAUGAAACCGCUUCGGAGGGUGUUGUAGUCGUUAUCGAUACUGAUGCAUCAGGUGCUGUACAGGUCAAGGCUGGUGUAGGCUCUGUGAAGCCAAAGCUAUGA